UUGGUUUAACAAUCAAACAAAUUAAAAAAAUACGUUCAUUACAAAUUAAUCAAUUUGAAUGGGAAUUAAUAGAAUCAUUGUCCAAUGUUUUAGCUCCAUUUUAUUUUGCUACGAAAUGUUUAUCUGGUCGUCAAUAUCCAACAUUAUCAUUAUCUUAUUGGACAAUUAAUAAUUUAUAUUUUCAUUUAACAAACGAAAAACCUAAUUGUCAUUUAGAAAAUGGGUUAAAAAAUUUAUUACUUGAUAAAUUCAAUUUAUAUUUUAUAACAAAUGUUACACGUGAACAACGAUGUGCUAAAUUAAUUGCUGCAUAUCUAGAUCCGUUCACACUUUCAGAUUUAUCAGUCGAAGAAAUAAAUGAAGUUGAAUCAAUGCUGAUGCGUUUAACAAAAGAUAUUUCUAAUUCAAAGAAAUCAACAACCAGCAUUUCAUCAGAACAUGUACAAUCACAAUCAGGAUCGUCAUCAUCUUCAUCAAUCAAUUCAUCCAAACCAUCGAAAUUAUCAACAAUUAAUCGAUUUCGAAUGUUAUGUCGUUCGUCGUCAGCUGAUGCUGAAACUGCACCAAAACCAGAACAAAAAGCAAAACCAUUUAUUUUAAAACAAGAAUUUAGUUUCCAUAUAUCCACAUCCACCAGUACAUCUUCCAAAGAUUUUCAAACAUACUGGAACGAAAAUAAAACUCGUCUUCCAAUUUUAGCAUCUUAUGCACGUCGAUAUAAUUGUGCACCAUCAACAUCAGCUGCUUCUGAAUCAGCUUUUUCAGUUGCAGGUUAUGUUGACAGAAAACAACGAGCAUCAUUAUCAACAACCACCUUACGAUAUCUGAUGCUAUUAAAACAAUAA